GCGGUCGCAGGAUGUGACGUUUGCGGAAGCUCCGAGUGUCGUCCGCAGGGACAGGUGGGGAAGGGUCCCGGUAAUGUGGUGGGCCCGGGGCUGUGAGCGUGAUCGGACUCAAGGGGAGCAGCCGCCGUGAGUGUGGGGCGUAGAGCCUUCGCCUCCCCCGGGGCCCUUGCCUGGCCUGCCGCGCGUGAGGGCCCUGUCGUCUCCCGGUUUCCGUCCCCUGCCAGGCCCAGUGCGUCCCCGCCUAUCGCACGAGAAAAACCCGAAGACCUUCGAUGAUUUUUGUCCCGGUUGGCAACUUGGGCUUGAGUGCCUUCAAAGAGGGGACCUCAGGCGGUUGUCAGGAGGCCCCUGUCCACCUCAUACGCCCCCUCCGGUGAUUUCUGCGGCUGCUUUUCUCCUCUUCGUCUUUCCACCUCAGCCCUUUACGACACCUUCCCGCUUGUUUACGGAUGCUGAUUUCCUUUCUGGACAGUUGCUUGGCCCUGUAGUACCGGGCACCACUUGAUGCCCUCAGGAGGGGGUUGCAUUCGCGACCCAAAACGUCCUCUCCCGGGAGGUACUCUUGAGAACUUCUUGGUCCUGAUGUCUGAUCAUGGAGAUGUGAGCCUCCCUCCCGAAGAGCGGGUGAGGGCUCUCUCCCAGAUAGGCAGCGCAGUGGAGAUAAAUGAAGACAUUCCGCCCCGACGGUACUUCCGCUCUGGAGUUGAGAUUAUCCGAAUGGCAUCCAUUUACUGUGAGGAAGGCAACAUUGAGCAUGCCUUCAUUCUCUAUAACAAGUAUAUCACGCUCUUUAUAGAGAAACUACCAAAACAUCGAGAUUACAAAUCGGCUGUCAUUCCCGAAAAGAAAGACACAGUAAAGAAAUUAAAGGAGAUUGCAUUUCCCAAAGCAGAAGAGCUGAAGGCAGAGCUGUUAAAACGAUAUACCAAAGAAUAUACAGAACAUAAUGAAGCAAAAAAGAAGAAAGCGGAAGAAUUUGCCCGGAACAUGGCCAUCCAGCAGGAGAUGGAAAAGGAAAGACAGAGGGUAGCACAACAGAAGCAGCAACAGCUGGAGCAGGAACAGUUCCGUGCCUUUGAGGAGAUGAUCCGGAACCAGGAGCUAGAAAAAGAGCGGCUGAAAAUUGUGCAGGAGUUUGGGAAGGUGGACCCUGGCCUAGGCGGCCCAUUGGUGCCUGACUUGGAGAAGCCCUCCCUAGACGUGUCCCCCACGGCACCUGUGGCACCCACACAGCCCUCAGACUGUAAUACAACUGUAAGGCCUGCCAAGCCACCUGUGGUGGACAGGUCCUUAAAACCUGGAGCAUUGAGCAACUCAGAAAGUAUUCCCACAAUCGACGGACUGCGCCACAUGGUGGUGCCCGGGAGGCUGUGCCCACAGUUUCUCCAACUAGCCAGUGCCAACACUGCACGGGGAGUAGAGACAUGUGGCAUCCUCUGUGGAAAACUGAUGAGGAAUGAAUUUACCAUCACCCACGUUCUCAUCCCCAAGCAAAGUGCUGGGUCUGAUUAUUGCAACACGGAGAACGAAGAAGAGCUUUUCCUCAUACAGGAUCAGCAGGGCCUCAUCACACUGGGCUGGAUUCAUACUCAUCCCACACAAACUGCCUUCCUCUCCAGUGUUGACCUGCACACUCACUGCUCCUAUCAGAUGAUGUUGCCCGAGUCCAUAGCCAUCGUUUGCUCCCCUAAGUUCCAGGAAACUGGAUUCUUUAAACUAACUGACCAUGGACUAGAGGAGAUUUCUUCCUGUCGCCAGAAAGGAUUUCAUCCACACAGCAAGGACCCACCACUCUUCUGUAGCUGCAGCCACGUGACUGUUGUGGACAGAGCAGUGACCAUCACAGACCUUCGCUGAGAGUUUAACUCAAGUCCCUGUCAAGAACUAUAAAACCACAUCAGUGUACUGUAGCCCCUUAAUUUAAACUUUCCAGAAAGCUUUGGAAGAUUAAUUAGACAGAAUAGAAAGUGAGUAUCACCCGGGGGAGAACUGAUUUUCUAUUUCUGGCUCGAAAAGAAAUAAUUGAAUAUAUUUUUUAGGCAAGUCUGGAAAAUAGCACAAUCAUGCUAAAACAACUUUUCAGUCUGCCUGUAACUAAAAAAUUAAAUUGAAAGAAUGGUAUAAAGUCCUGGCUGGGUGGCUCAGUAGGUUGGAACAUCAUCCCAUACACCAAAAGGUUGGGGGUUUGGUCCCUGGUCAGGGCACAUACCUAGGUUGUGGGUGCUAUCUCCAGGUGGGGCGCAUACAGGAGGCAACCAAUCAAUCUCUCUCUCUCUCUCUCUCCCCCCCCCACCUUUUCUCUCUCCCUCCCUCUCUCUCUAAAAAUCAAUAAAAAACUUAUCCUUGGAUGAGGAUAAAAAAAGGAGAAAA